AUGACUGAUGAUCCCAUCCAAGCAUCUCUAAAACCAGAGUUCUUCUUGUUGGUGAUCCUCAUGUCGUCGGAUUUCCCAAAAAAGAAAAGCAGUUGCCAUGCGCCAGUGAUCGUGGACUCCAGCAGUUCAGAGCUCGAGUCCGAGGAGUCUGAGUGCGAACCCGGGCCUGAUUCAUCUGAUUCGUCUGAUUCGGACAGUUGGAGAACUGGAUGCUCCUCGUCGGGGAACCAGGAUGGAGACCAGUCCAUCUCCCUCAAUCUUGAAGGAGGGUAUGACAGUGACACAGAUCCAAAUACCGAUGACGAAAGCUGGUUGGUUUCAGACAGAGAUAGAGAGGCUCGGAUCUACAACAAAGACAAGGGUCCCAGAGUGACAGUCCAGCGGUUGUCAAACAGAUACUACACUGACAAAAACGUGCACUGUAGGAAUUGCAAAAAGACUGGACAUCUCUCCAAGAACUGUCCUGAACCUAAAAAGGUGUCGCCGUGCUUUCUUUGUAGCGACCCGGGCCACAGAUCCAGCGAAUGCCCCAACAAAUACUGCAAUAACUGCGGCCUGCCUGGACACCUCUUCAGCUCCUGCAGCGAGCGGGCUUACUGGCACAAGCAGUGCCACCGCUGCAGCAAGACGGGACACUUCUUUGAUGCUUGUCCAGAGAUCUGGAGGCAGUACCACAUCACAACGAGAAGCGGCCCUCCUGCCAAGCCGUCGGGAUCAUCUAACGGCCGCUCUUCUGACUACUGCUACAACUGCUCCAGGAAGGGACAUCUCGGUCACGUGUGCACACGGCAGAGGAUGUUUAAAGGCGUGUAUCCCAACGCACCGUUUAUUAACACGUAUGACACUGUGAAGGAAAUCAAAAGCAGACAGCACAGGAUGAAGCUGAAGGCUAAAGAACUGGAGGAAAAUGGCUUUUUCCCUUCUCCUGCUAAUACGCCUCUCACUCCUGAUGUACCAAGGAAGAAACAGAAAUUCACAAGCUACAAAAACAACCGCACGCCCCGCGAGACUCACAGGAACCACAGACCCACUGCCAGCCACACCUUCUUCCACAGCGACGACGACGACGCUGCAACACCCCAGAAGCACAAACACAAACAGAAGGACAUUUGUACGAGUGCGAAACCAUGGAAACCAAAGAGGCCAGUGCCAUCCUCCAGAAACCCAACACCCUCAAAACUGGUUUUGGACGAAGCAGAUGACUUCCCCAGAGGAGGAGGAGGAAGAGGGGCGAGCUCGCAGAAGACGAGAAAAAGAGCUUUCAUCCAGUCUGUUCCACCAGAGGGGUACAACGCAGGACCAGCGUAUCCUGCCUGGACUGGAGAGCAGAAGAAACGCAGGUCAAAGUCGAAAGAGGAGAAGAAUAACAAGAAAAAUAGAAAUCUAGCUAAAAAGGCUCGCAAACAACAAAGGCCAAAUGACUAUCCUACCGAUGAGAACCUGUUUACCAUCAAACAAAGGAAACGCAGCAGAUAGUAUUGAGUUUUGUAAAUUGUCAGAGGUCGCGCGACCACAUUGUUCAGGUACAUGUUGGGUCUCACGGCAAAGCGGUUAUCGGCGCUAAUUGUGGCCUUCUCCGAGCUGACAUCUUGACAUGUGACUAGGAAAUGCAUGACUUCAAUUUGUGGAAAUAAUUAGAGCUGAAUUCAGCUUUGUGGGCCUGAUAACAUCCGUCACAUGGUGAACAGAGCGACGGGCCAUUCAUGAUGUUCCAUGCGUUUUCUUUUACAGAUUCACCUUGGGAUCAAUGUCACAAUAGCUGUAAAGUGUAUGGUUUUAUGGCUUGAAAAUAGACGGCACACUGAAGCAACAUUCAAGGCUUUGUGCAGUCCUAGUCAUUCGUAAGACAAAAAGCUUCACCAAUCUGUAAUUUCAAAUUAAUAAUAAUAGUUUUGAGACUAAUAACUAAAGAGCUGAGAGUAAUUUACCAAGUAUGUUUAUGGUGGAUUUUGUUUUUCUGUCUUUGUUCUUGUGAAAUUUGAAAUAUUGCAUAAAUGUCACUAAAUUAAAACUCUAUAACUCUUUGAUAAAUCCCUAGGGCCUCCAUUCUGAAAAGUUUUGAAGUUGUGCGUUUGCUGCUGAAUCCACAAAAGGGAAAAUGUGGGAAAUAUCUCUCUUGAAUUUUGAGCAGAGCGGCUUGUUCAUUUGUAACUACUUGAUAAUGUCACACAUUUACAUCCGACUUUUAUUUCGCCUGCAGCUCUGCACUGUGUGCUUCAGUAACAUCGACAGGAUCACCUUUUGAAUGAAACCUCAGUCAUACUUGAGCCUUAAUUUGCUGUGUUUGUUGCCUAUUUCGUAAAUAUGUUUGUAAAAACACAAAUUGUGUACUCAUUUUUAAAUAAUAAAUAUGUUGAUCUCCUGGU